AUGAGUGAAAAUACGGAGGAAAGUGAUGAAAUCGACAGCGAAAGUGUAGAGCUGGAACUGGAAAUGCUAAAGGAGAUUUAUAUAAAUGAAUUACAAGUGGAACAGCAAUGCUCAAAUCAGGUCGCCAUAAGAUUAAUAUUCCAACUUAAUCCUGGUACUGGUGAUGAUGCCUCAAAGCAAUACGUCCGCUUAAAAUUAGUAAUUGAUAUUCCAUUAAAGUACCCUAUAGAAUCUCCCAUUUUCAAAAUUGAAAACCCACGAGGACUGUCAGAAGCUCACAUUGCAAGCAUCUUGGCUAAUUGUACAGAACUUGCGAAAAGCAGGGAAGGAGAAUUAAUCCUAUUAGAAUUAGUUGAGUACGUCAAAGACAGCUUAACUGCCAAUAAUAUCCCUAUAUGCAAAUGUGCCAUUUGUUUACGCCAUUUUAUGGACGCUAGCAACUUUAUUAAAACGGAUUGCUACCAUUACUUUCACAAUGCAUGCAUUAUGCGAUACAAAAGGCAUCAAGAUGAUAAUAAUGAAGAGUUACUGUGUCCAAUAUGUAGGGAGCCAUUAGAUAACAUUGAUCUUGAUGCAUUCAAAAAUUUAUCACUUAAGGACGGCGAUCAGACCGAAGAGGAUGACAGCGAAUAUGUUCAUAGUAAAGAUUUUAAGUUAUGGCAACAAGAAACCGCUAAAAUUUAUCAGAAACAAUUAGAAAAUGGUGGUAUAAUUGACUUGGAAAAGGAAAAAAAGAGAUUCUUAGUAACUGAAGCUACGACUUUAUCACCAACAAGCAAACAAGUAGUAAAAUCAGGGGAUGAUUCAAGAGCUGAACUUAAUACAUCUUAUGAUCGUGUGUAUGAAACUCCACGUAAGGAAGAUUUUAAGGUGGAAGAUAGAAUUAGUAAAACGCUUCCUCGCAAGAAUAUAACCGAAUCGCACUCGUAUCAAUCUUUUAAUCGAUCACAUAAACGGCACUAUCGGUGGACAUCUAAGAAUGAUUAUGUUCGCUCAGAAGCAGAAGUGAAUCGUGACAACAACUUAACAAGAAGCGAAUUUCAUACGCCUUCUAAACAUAAUUCUCCUCCAGCUCGGUCUGGUCAAGCUACAAAUCGUGUAUUUGAUGAUCAUUCAAGCAAAUCUAGUCGUUAUCGUGGAAACAAAGGCGAUAAAAAACACUACAGGUCACCAAAUCAUUCGAAUGAAUCAAAAGAUCAGAACUUAUGA